AUGUGGACAUUAGUCCUACUUCUCCACUUGGUCGCCAACCAACUUGUUGCUGUCCGUUCGGCGCCAGUAAAUUUGCCUCAAACUAUCACAUGUCCUGACAACAACAUCUACGUUUACGUGAAUGAGUCUGCUCAUGACAGGACACCGUACAUCUUCGUGGAACUUCACUCUGAUGAUUUGCAGGACUGCAUUCACAAAUGUUUCGGCAAUCAGUUCUGUUACUCUUUGAAAUACGAGAGUACUGCGGUUGAACCAUGUUCGUUGUACUACUUUGCUGCCUAUAAUUGUUCACGACAACAGCUAGUAGAAGCGAACAGCGUACAGUAUCACGGGGGUGCGAUUACGAUUGACUGUUUACGAUGCCCGAAGAACGGCGACUUCGUGACAGCGCCAACAUUCGAAGGCUUCACCGAUCAGACAAUUGUUGCCUUGGAUUCGUCAGGUCACCCAAUCAUCUCCAAACCCCUGAUCAAGGAGGUUACGAACAAUAUUGAGUCAAAAUUGGCGCACGCACCGGGUGCAGCGCCACCGGCGGCAACGCCGCCGGAAUCAAAAGAUCCUCUAAGGAAACCGACUGGAGGAGAAGCAGCAUCAGCACCGAAAACCCCACAACAACCGGCGGAGUCACGCAAAGCGGUGGAAGAACGAGUCUGUUCUGGAGGCCUUAAAUUUCUCAGCACAACGAGCGUUGAUUUGGAAACCGUUGAACUUCUGCUGAAUGAGACUACUGUAGCGUCCGGAAACGAGUGCGCUCAACUCUGUUACGAUCUUAAAUGUGGAUUCGCGUACUAUAAGCCAUUGGACAAGUUGUGCCGUUUCACCUCGAACACUGAUGAUGUCGUAGAUGGAUCUACUUGCGAUGUGUCAGGACGGCACUACACAAACAAAGUGUCAGAAGAGGAUCCCGUACAGCUAACAUGCGUAUCUUGCGAGAGUCCCACCGCGGAAUCCACAAACAGCCCGAAAAAAGCCCAGGAAUCUCAACCACACAUUGAGUUUUCUGAGGACACAUCAUCAAACCAUCAAUCGCGACCCUCACCUUCAAUAACGUCUACGCUCUAUCCAGCAUGCAUUAUAAACUUCCAAUUAGAUGAGGAGGCUGAUACAUUGUCUUUUAAUCAUUAUGAGGUGAAGAAAGUGAGAAGUGUUAACGACUGUGCGCGAAUAUGCUUUCGUGGACGCUGCUCAGCUGCAGUUUAUUCGCCGCUGAAAGGCGAAUGUCGACUGGGAAGCGAUCGUAAAGAGACUUGUACGAAUGCCCAAUCCACCAUACGCUAUCCUAAAGAGAAGGAUGUGAAAAUACAAUGUUUCCGUUGCAGCUCGCCAAAGCAUUUUGCGAACGAACUGGAACAUUCGGAUGAAAGUGUCACUACGCCUGAAAUUUCGCAUCAAGAAGAUCAACAACGUAUUAACGAGGAACAAGGGCAACAGGACCAGACUACCCCAUCUCCUCUGUCGAGUGCAGAAACCACGUCAAAUGUGGUAGAGUUGAGCACACUCGUUCCAACUACCGCUGCUGCUGAAUCCAGCAGCACUCUUGGCAGCCAAGCAACCACUUUGGUUCGCAAACACUGUCUAAUCAAGUUCCAAGCUCGACCGUUCUCGGAGCGACCUCCAGAAUUUACUGCUCCAUUUGAAAUAGAGUUGCCAGUUGAUUCCGUUGAACUGUGUGCUACACGUUGCUAUCAGGAUGGGUGCAGCGGAGCGAAGUAUGAUCCAAAGGCUGGCACGUGUGCUCUUUCCUACAACGACAAGAGAUUCUGUGCGAAAGAAGAUGUUGUGCUGCACUACAAAGCUGAGGAGGUCACAUGGUUGCACUGCGUCAAUUGCUAUUCUGUAAAGAUUUCCUCUGACGUCCCUUCUACGACCACCUCCACUGAAACAUCAGUAACUACCACUCCAUCGAGAAGUACCAGUUUCGGAACCGACGUUGCUGCAGUAGAGCAUAAAACAACGACCUCUGUAAGCAAUGGGGAAGAAGGCUUUAGUACAAUCCCAAAUUCUGUGCCAACAUCAGCUCCUUCGAAAGACUUCCAACGAGGAUGUCUCAUAAAGUUCCAAGCCCUGCCAAUUGCGGAGCGACCAGCACAUUUAACGGCUCCAUUCGAACUAGAUCUCAAUGUUGAUUCCAUCGAAUUGUGCGCUACUCGCUGUUAUCAGGACGGCUGUACCGGUGCAAAGUAUGAUCCAGAUAGCAAGACGUGUUCGCUUUCGUACAAUGACAAGCAGUACUGCACAAACGCUAAAGUGAACCUUCACUACGAUGCGAAGAAUAUAACGUGGCUCCAUUGCGUUAAUUGUUAUAGCCUUAAAGAGUCAGAUAAGACAGAGUUGGCUGAACAACAUGAGGCCGCAGUGACUCAUGUUCCUUCUGACGAUUCUACUUCUUUGACGACAACUACCGCUCAAAGCACCACUAAAACAGUAGAGCUAUCACUCGCGACCGAUGGUACUACGCCAGAUAUCGGCGAACCAGUGCAGGUGCAAGGUAAUCGUACAAGACCCGAAACAGCGUCUCACUUCCAAAGAGGUUGCGCAAUAAAAUUCCAAGCUAGGCCGUUCUCACAACGUCCCGCACAGUUCCAUGCGGAAUUUGAGAUUGAGCUACAUGUUGAUUCAGUUGAGCUUUGUGCAACUCGUUGUUAUCAGGAUGGUUGCUCUGGUGCGAAAUUCGAUCCGAAGACAAUGUCUUGUGCGCUCUCGUACAACGACAAACACUUUUGCACUACCGCAGAAGUUGUUUUACACUACGAAGCUAAGGAAUUGACGUGGAUUCAUUGCGUCAACUGCUAUAGUCUGAAAUCGCGUGCAGAGCAGGAGUCAAAGGCUGAAAAAAAGCCUGAGAACAUAGAUCUCACAACAACAGAACCAUCUUCCAGUACUGAAGCACAACGUGAUAAAGAUUCGUCCACCCCAGCACUGCUAAACGAAACGACAAUAUCGCAAAAAGAAAUUGAUGCUCUUCUUGAAAAGGGUGACGGAUGUGUCGUGAAUUUUCAAAUCGUCGAGCUUGAAGAACGACCACCUCACUUCACUUCCACUUUCGAAAGGAGCUUCACAGCUGAAACUGCUGAAAUAUGUGCGUUUCGAUGCUACCAGGACGGAUGUACUGGAGCAAAGUUCCAACCGGACUCAAAUUCGUGUUCACUGUCAUACCAUGACAAAGCAUUCUGUUCAAAUUCAAAUCUUGUUACGGUCGCACGUCCACAUCAACCCGUGUUCAUGCACUGCUUAAGCUGCGUGCCACAUAAGUCUGCAACGGAAGAAGGACGCACAGACAACGGAUUUCUAAGUGAGAAUGUCGAUGAAACAACUAAAAAAGAAGACUUUGAGGAGGCUAAACUACAAGUAACAUCAGAGCCUGCUAGUAGCACGAUGACAACCUCGCCCGAAGGUACAGUGACCGAACCAGGCGGCAGGGAGGUUAUAACCACCGGAAAGCUCGAAGAGUCCACAACAUCCAGCCAAAAGGAAGCAAGCGGAGAAGAACCACAAGAAAGCAAUAAAGUGCCUAAUGUGCAAGCAAGUGUAGAUGAGGGAGCAAGCACAGUUCCAGCUGCAGGACCGUCGGAAACUCCAACAACAACAACGAGUUCUGGUGAGCCAUCAGCGACAUCAUCAACAGUGACCACUCCAACUGGCUCUGAAGGAACGAGUGCUAGUACUUCUGAGACGGGCACCUCCGUCACUGAGGCUGGUGGCACAACAUCCAGCCAAGAGGAGGCAAGCGGAGAAGAACCACAAGAAAGCAAUAAAGUGCCUAAUGUGCAAGCAAGUGUAGAUGAGGGAGCAAGCACAGUUCCAGCUGCAGGACCAUCGGCAACUCCAACAACAGCAGCGAGUUCUGGUGAACCAUCAGCGACAUCAUCAACAGUGACAUCUCCAACUGGCUCUGAAGGAACGAGUGCUAGUACUUCUGAGACGGGCACCUCCGUCACUGAGGCUGGUGGCACAACAUCCAGCCAAGAGGAGGCAAGCGGAGAAGAACCACAAGAAAGCAAUAAAGUGCCUAAUGUGCAAGCAAGUGUAGAUGAGGGAGCAAGCACAGUUCCAGCUGCAGGAUCAUCGGCAACUCCAACAACAGCAGCGAGUUCUGGUGAACCAUCAGCGAAAUCAUCAACAGUGGCCUCUCCAACUGGCUCUGAAGGAACGACUGCUUCUCCCACAGCGACACCCACAGCUUCUCAACUGGUGCUGAAGAAACGACCAAGUAUUUCUGGGACAGGCACCUCCGUCACUGAGGCUGGUGGCACAACAUCCAGCCAAGAGGAGGCAAGCGGAGAAGAACCACAAGAAAGCAAUAAAGUGCCUAAUGUGCAAGCAAGUGUAGAUGAGGGAGCAAGCACAGUUCCAGCUGCAGGAUCAUCGGAAACCCCAACAACAGCAGCGAGUUCUGGUGAACCAUCAGCCUCAUCAACAGUGGCCUCUCCAACUGGCUCGAAGGAACGACUACCUGCGAGCCAUCAGCGACGUCACCAACAGCAGCCUCCAACUGGUGCUGAAGAAACGACUGCCAAGGAGGCAAGCGGAGAAGAACCACAAGAAAGCAAUAAAGUGCCUAAUGUGCAAGCAAGUGUAGAUGAGGGAGCAAGCACAGUUCCAGCUGCAGGACCAUCGGCAACUCCAACAACAGCAGCGAGUUCUGGGGCAGCACAGUUCCAGCCAAACCCAACCAGCAGCAGUUCUGGUGAACCAUCAGCGACACACAACAGCCUCUCCAACUGGCUGCUGAAGAAACGACCAGUCUCAAGCACCUCCGUCACUGAGGCUGGUGGCACAACAUCCAGCCAAGAGGAGGCAAGCGGAGAAGAACCACAAGAAAGCAAUAAAGUGCCUAAUGUGCAAGCAAGUGUAGAUGAGGGAGCAAGCACAGUUCCAGCUGCAGGAUCAUCGGAAACCCCAACAACAGCAGCGAGUUCUGGUGAACCAUCAGCGACAUCAUCAACAGUGGCCUCUCCAACUGGCUCUGAAGGAACGACUGCCAGUACUUCUGGGACAGGCACCUCCGUCACUGAGGCUGGUGGCACAACAUCCAGCCAAGAGGAGGCAAGCGGAGAAGAACCACAAGAAAGCAAUAAAGUGCCUAAUGUGCAAGCAAGUGUAGAUGAGGGAGCAAGCACAGUUCCAGCUGCAGGAUCAUCGGAAACCCCAACAACAGCAGCGAGUUCUGGCACCUCCGUCACUGAGGCUGGUGGCACAACAUCCAGCCAAGAGGAGGCAAGCGGAGAAGAACCACAAGAAAGCAAUAAAGUGCCUAAUGUGCAAGCAAGUGUAGAUGAGGGAGCAAGCACAGUUCCAGCUGCAGGAUCAUCGGAAACCCCAACAACAGCAGCGAGUUCUGGAACGACUGCUAGUACUUCUGGGACGGGCACCUCCGUCACUGAGGCUGGUGGCACAACAUCCAGCCAAGAGGAGGCAAGCGGAGAAGAACCACAAGAAAGCAAUAAAGUGCCUAAUGUGCAAGCAAGUGUAGAUGAGGGAGCAAGCACAGUUCCAGCUGCAGGAUCAUCGGAAACCCCAACAACAGCAGCGAGUUCUGGUGAACCAUCAGCGACAUCAUCAACAGUGACCUCUCCAACUGGCUCUGAAGGAACGACUGCUAUACUUCUGCGAGCCCAGGACCACGCUUCCCAACUGGUGCUGAAAACGACUGCCAGUACUUCUGGGACAGGCACCUCCGUCACUGAGGCUGGUGGCACAACAUCCAGCCAAGAGGAGGCAAGCGGAGAAGAACCACAAGAAAGCAAUAAAGUGCCUAAUGUGCAAGCAAGUGUAGAUGAGGGAGCAAGCACAGUUCCAGCUGCAGGAUCAUCGGAAACCCCAACAACAGCAGCGAGUUCUGGAACGACUGCUAGUACUUCUGGGACGGGCACCUCCGUCACUGAGGCUGGUGGCACAACAUCCAGCCAAGAGGAGGCAAGCGGAGAAGAACCACAAGAAAGCAAUAAAGUGCCUAAUGUGCAAGCAAGUGUAGAUGAGGGAGCAAGCACAGUUCCAGCUGCAGGAUCAUCGGAAACCCCAACAACAGCAGCGAGUUCUGGUGAACCAUCAGCGACAUCAUCAACAGUGACCUCUCCAACUGGUGCUGAAGAAACGACUGCCAGUACUUCUGGGACAGGCACCUCCGUCACUGAGGCUGGUGGCACAACAUCCAGCCAAGAGGAGGCAAGCGGAGAAGAACCACAAGAGAGCAAUAAAGUGCCUAAUGUGCAAGCAAGUGUAGAUGAGGGAGCAAGCACAGUUCCAGCUGCAGGAUCAUCGGAAACCCCAACAACAGCAGCGAGUUCUGGUGAACCAUCAGCGACAUCAUCAACAGUGACCUCUCCAACUGGCUCUGAAGGAACGACUGCUAGUACUUCUGGGACGGGCACCUCCGUCACUGAGGCUGGUGGCACAACAUCCAGCCAAGAGGAGGCAAGCGGAGAAGAACCACAAGAGAGCAAUAAAGUGCCUAAUGUGCAAGCAAGUGUAGAUGAGGGAGCAAGCACAGUUCCAGCUGCAGGAUCAUCGGAAACCCCAACAACAGCAGCGAGUUCUGGUGAACCAUCAGCGACAUCAUCAACAGUGACCUCUCCAACUGGCUCUGAAGGAACGACUGCUAGUACUUCUGGGACGGGCACCUCCGUCACUGAGGCUGGUGGCACAACAUCCAGCCAAGAGGAGGCAAGCGGAGAAGAACCACAAGAAAGCAAUAAACAUCAUCGGAAACCCCAAACAACAGCAGCGAGUUCUGGUGAACCAUCAGCGACAUCAUCAACAGUGACCUCUCCAACUGGCUCUGAAGGAACGACUGCUAGUACUUCUGGGACGGGCACCUCCGUCACUGAGGCUGGUGGCACAACAUCCAGCCAAGAGGAGGCAAGCGGAGAAGAACCACAAGAAAGCAAUAAAGUGCCUAAUGUGCAAGCAAGUGUAGAUGAGGGAGCAAGCACAGUUCCAGCUGCAGGAUCAUCGGAAACCCCAACAACAGCAGCGAGUUCUGGUGAACCAUCAGCGACAUCAUCAACAGUGACCUCUCCAACUGGCUCUGAAGGAACGACUGCUAGUACUUCUGGGACAGGCACCUCCGUCACUGAGGCUGGUGGCACAACAUCCAGCCAAGAGGAGGCAAGCGGAGAAGAACCACAAGAAAGCAAUAAAGUGCCUAAUGUGCAAGCAAGUGUAGAUGAGGGAGCAAGCACAGUUCCAGCUGCAGGAUCAUCGGAAACCCCAACAACAGCAGCGAGUUCUGGUGAACCAUCAGCGACAUCAUCAACAGUGACCUCUCCAACUGGCUCUGAAGGAACGACUGCUAGUACUUCUGGGACGGGCACCUCCGUCACUGAGGCUGGUGGCACAACAUCCAGCCAAGAGGAGGCAAGCGAGAAGAACCACAAGAAACAAAAGUGCCUAAUGCACGCAACAGCAAACAUCCAGCAAGAGGAGGCAAGCGGAGAAGAACCACAAGAAACAAUAAAGUGCCUAAUGUGCAAGCAAGUGAAGAUGAGGGAGCAAGCACAGUUCCAGCUGCAGGAUCAUCGGAAACCCCAACAACAGCAGCGAGUUCUGGUGAACCAUCAGCACACAUCAACAGUCACCAACGCGCUUCUCCAACUGGUUCUGAAGAAACGACUGCCAGUACUUCUGGGACAGGCACCUCCGUCACUGAGGCUGGUGGCACAACAUCCAGCCAAGAGGAGGCAAGCGGAGAAGAACCACAAGAAAGCAAUAAAGUGCCUAAUGUGCAAGCAAGAAACGACUGCUAGUACUUCUGGGACAGGCACCUCCGUCACUGAGGCUGGUGGCACAACAUCCAGCCAAGAGGAGGCAAGCGGAGAAGAACCACAAGAAAGCAAUAAAGUGCCUAAUGUGCAAGCAAGUGUAGAUGAGGGAGCAAGCACAGUUCCAGCUGCAGGAUCAUCGGAAACCCCAACAACAGCAGCGAGUUCUGGUGAACCAUCAGCGACAUCAUCAACAGUGACCUCUCCAACUGGCUCUGAAGGUACGACUGCUAGUACUUCUGGGACGGGCACCUCCGUCACUGAGGCUGGUGGCACAACAUCCAGCCAAGAGGAGGCAAGCGGAGAAGAACCACAAGAAAGCAAUAAAGUGCCUAAUGUGCAAGCAAGUGUAGAUGAGGGAGCAAGCACAGUUCCAGCUGCAGGAUCAUCGGAAACCCCAACAACAGCAGCGAGUUCUGGUGAACCAUCAGCGACCUCAUCAACAGUGGCCUCUCCAACUGGCUCUGAAGGAACGACUACUUCUGCUGGCGAGCCAUCAGCGACGUCACCAACAGCAGCUUCUCCAACUGGUGCUGAAGAAACGACUGCCAGUACUUCUGGGACAGGCACCUCCGUCACUGAGGCUGGUGGCACAACAUCCAGCCAAGAGGAGGCAAGCGGAGAAGAACCACAAGAAAGCAAUAAAGUGCCUAAUGUGCAAGCAAGUGUAGAUGAGGGAGCAAGCACAGUUCCAGCUGCAGGAUCAUCGGAAACCCCAACAACAGCAGCGAGUUCUGGUGAACCAUCAGCGACAUCAUCAACAGUGACCUCUCCUAUUGGCUCUGAAGAGGAGGCAAGCGGAGAAGAACCACAAGAAAGCAAUAAAGUGCCUAAUGUGCAAGCAAGUGUAGAUGAGGGAGCAAGCACAGUUCCAGCAGCAGGACCGUCGGAAACCCCAACAACAGCAGCGAGUUCUGGUGAACCAUCAGCGACGUCACCAACAGUGACCUCUCAACUGCAUGAAGGAACGACUACUUCUGCUAGCGAGCCAUCAGCGACGUCACCAGCAGCAGCUUCUCCAACUGGUGCUGAAGAAACGACUGCCAGUACUUCUGGGACAGGCACCUCCGUCACUGAGGCUGGUGGCACAACAUCCAGCCAAGAGGAGGCAAGCGGAGAAGAGCCACAUGAAAGCAAUAAAGUGCCUAAUGUGCAAGCAAGUGAAGAUGAGGGAGCAAGCACAGUUCCAGCUGCAGGAUCAUCGGAAACCCCAACAACAGCAGCGAGUUCUGUACUUCUGGGACGGGCUUCUCCAACCUACACCGUCACUGAGGCUGGUGGCACAACAUCCAGCCAAGAGGAGGCAAGCGGAGAAGAACCACAAGAAAGCAAUAAAGUGCCUAAUGUGCAAGCAAGUGUAGAUGAGGGAGCAAGCACACUUCCAGCAGCAGGAUCAUCGGAAACCCCAACAACAGCAGCGAGUUCUGGUGAACCAUCAGCGACAUCAUCAACAGUGACCUCUCCUAUUGGCUCUGAAGGUACGACUGCUAGUACUUCUGGGACGGGCACCUCCGUCACUGAGGCUGGUGGCACAACAUCCAGCCAAGAGGAGGCAAGCGGAGAAGAACCACAAGAAAGCAAUAAAGUGCCUAAUGUGCAAGCAAGUGUAGAUGAGGGAGCAAGCACACUUCCAGCAGCAGGACCUUCGGAAACUCCAACAACAGCAGCGAGUUCUGGUGAACCAUCAGCGACAUCAUCAACAGUGACUUCUUCAACUGGCUCUGAAGGAACAACUACUUCUGCUAGCGAGCCAUCAGCGAUGUCACCAGCAGCAGCUUCUCCAACUGGUGCUGAGGAAACGACUGCCAGUACUUCUGGGACAGGCACCUCCGUCACUGAGGCUGGUGGCACAACAUCCAGCCAAGAGGAGGCAAGCGGAGAAGAACCACAUGAAAGCAAUAAAGUGCCUAAUGUGCAAGCAAGUGUAGAUGAGGGAGCAAGCACACUUCCAGCAGCAGGAUCAUCGGAAACUCCAACAACAGCAGCGAGUUCUGGUGAACCAUCAGCGACAUCAUCAACAGUGACCUCUCCUAUUGGCUCUGAAGAGGAGGCAAGCGGAGAAGAACCACAAGAAAGCAAUAAAGUGCCUAAUGUGCAAGCAAGUGUAGAUGAGGGAGCAAGCACACUUCCAGCAGCAGGACCGUCGGAAACUCCAACAACAGCAGCGAGUUCUGGUGAACCAUCAGCGACAUCAUCAACAGUGACCUCUUCAACUGGCUCUGAAGGAACAACUACUUCUGCUAGCGAGCCAUCAGCGACGUCACCAGCAGCAGCUUCUCCAACUGGUGCUGAGGAAACGACUGCCAGUACUUCUGGGACAGGCACCUCCGUCACUGAGGCUGGUGGCACAACAUCCAGCCAAGAGGAGGCAAGCGGAGAAGAACCACAUGAAAGCAAUAAAGUGCCUAAUGUGCAAGCAAGUGUAGAUGAGGGAGCAAGCACACUUCCAGCACCAGGAUCAUCGGAAACCCCAACAACAGCAGCGAAUUCUGGUGAACCAUCAGCGACAUCAUCAACAGUGACCUCUCCAACUGGCUCUGAAGGAACGACUACUUCUGCUAGCGAGCCAUCAGCGACGUCACCAGCAGCAGCUUCUCCAACUGGUGCUGAAGAAACGACUGCCAGUACUUCUCAGCAUGGAAGUUUUGUGACGGAGGUUGAUGGUGAUGAAGUAACAACCGUUGGAAUACCUGAACAAGCUACAACAUCAAGCGGAGUAGAGGCAAGCGGUGAAGAGCCGAUGGAAAUCAAUAAAAUACCGAAUGUACAGGCAAGCGUGGAUGAAGGAGCAACAACAGAACUCGCUGCAGAUUCAUCGGAAACUCCAACUACUGCAGCCAGUAAUGAUGAGCCAUCACCGACAUCGUCUUCAUCAACUUCUCCCACUGGCCCUAAAGGAACUACUAGUUCUGCACCGGGUGAUAGCGAGCCAUCAGAGACGCCACCAACAGCGCCCUCUCCAAUUGGCAAUGAAGGAACAACCACUAAUACUUCUCAACAUGGAAGUUUUGUGACGGAGGUUGAUGGUGAUGGAAUAACAACCGUUGAGAAACCUCAUGAGGCAACUACAUCAAGCGAAAUAGACUCAAGCGGUGAAGAGUCGAUAAAAGGCAAUAAAGUGCCAAAUGUACAGACAAGCGUGAAUGAAGAAGCAACAACAGAACCAACUGCAGGAUCAUCUCCAGCUACAGAAACUAUUACUUCUACUGCUGGACCAUAUGGUUCCUCAACCAGGAUUGGUGGUGCUGAUUCUACUUCCCCUUCUUCUUUUGCUCGACCACUUGAUUCCUCGUCUAUUCAAGAUACCACACCGAAAACUACCACUGACGAAGAGGAUUCAAUUAUCAAUCCUACUCUUCUCGAGCGUCCUCAUAAAAUCAGCCUUCCUAUUAAUGUAGGAUUUGUGCCAGGCUCCGACCCAGAUAUUGCACAUGAAAGUGGAGAAGAUGACGAAGAAGAAGCUGGAAAGACGGAUUCACCGAAGCAGCUGGAUUAUGAAGAUGAAGUGACAGUCAAGACAGUUGAAUUAGCGAGCGUAACAACGACAGCUGCAGGAGGUCGGAGUUCGACAACUGAGCCACCUGUUCAAGCUGUCAAAGAUCUGAUCGAGGCGCUCGCAUCUGGUGGUCUUGAUGCCGUUCUCGGACAACCGCGCCACCAAUCGGAGGUUUUGGAAAAUGCUAGUAGGAAAUUAGGUGAACUUAAGAAGUACCUACAUAAGCCAGUAGAGCGAAAGCAAGAUUGCUCUUCUCGACAUGUUCGAUUCGUGCCCGGCGAGCUCACUGACCUUACAACAAAGUUCGAUGCGGAUGCGACCGUAUAUUCACUUCAACAUUGUGCAAGGAUUUGCUAUGAAAUAGGCUGCACUUUCGCAGCUUUCACAAGAUACCCACGUCCUGUCUGCCUGAUGCGAUACGGGAACGCUACUGCCUCCGAAUGCGAUGCUAAUGUCAGAAGUACAACGUUCUGGCGAUUCUCUGGGAUUCAACAAGUUGUCAAGUUGGAGUGUAUCAAAUGUGACUUGAAGUCGGAGUUCAUUUCACAAAAGGAGAAGAUAGAUAUUACAAAUUUAAAUGGAUUUAGCACGGAUGAUCUCAAUACUGUCGUUCCAGCACAUGAAGGGGUGACAACGAGGUGCGAUGGACGUCUGGAGUUCCAAACAUUACCUGUUGGCAGCCUUCCUCCUCUCAACAUUACCAAUGACGUUGGUGCUCGCACUCCUGCUGAUUGCGCCAAAAAAUGCUUUGAAACGGGAGGCUGUUCUACUGCGGGAUUCCUUGCUAGUCCUUCUGGGAACAUUUCCAAUGGCGUGUGUCUCCUUACGUCGGAUGCGAACGUUUGCGGAAACAGUGCUGACUAUGUGCCACAACACGCAGCUCUUAAUCCUUUCGUUAUUUCAUGCAUUAAAUGCAGCCCAUGUACAUACAACAUUCGGACUGUGACGCCAGACCGCGUGCUACCGGACUUCAGUUACGUCACGAGUGUGUCGUCUGUGGGCGAAUGCGCCCAAGCAUGCUACGACAGGCGAUGUACAAUGGCGCAGUACAACAGCCAACAACAUUCUUGUACCAUGACUUCGGAGCCAAUGGAGUCAAAAUGUUCGCGAGAAGUAGCCGUCGUAACUGAAGGAGUGCUUCCUGUCACCCUUGAAUGUGUCAGCUGCUCCUCAUAG